CACACUACACGGCUGGAUACCCGCACGGAGACUGGCGGUCGUACCACCUACGAGGGGGUACCGGGAACUCGGCCGCAAGCGCCAGGCAAAGAGAGUUGUGAAGCAAUGUUUCUGGGAACAGAGAUGUCAUGUUCCAAGAUGAAUGUCUCUCUCUCCAGAGACUCAGCUCAAAGGCAUCGUCACCAAACUGUUCUGCCGCCAGCGUUUCUACCUCCAGGCGAAUCCCGAUGGGAGCAUCCAGGGCACCCCAGAGGACACCAGCUCUUUCACCCACUUCAACCUGAUCCCUGUGGGGCUCUGUGUAGUCACCAUCCAGAGUGCCAAGCUGGGUCACUACGUGGCCAUGAACGCUGAGGGGCUGCUCUACAGCUCGCCACAUUUCACAGCUGAGUGUCGCUUUAAGGAGUGCGUCUUUGAGAAUUACUAUGUCCUGUACGCCUCUGCUCUCUAUCACCAGCGUCGUUCUGGCCGGGCCUGGUACCUGGGCCUGGACAAGGAGGGCCGAGUCAUGAAGGGAAAUCGAGUCAAGAAGACCAAGGCAGCCGCCCACUUUGUGCCCAAGCUCCUGGAGGUUGCAGCAUGCAGGAUCUAGUUCCCUGACCAGGGAUCGAACCCAGGCCCCCUGCACUGGGAGCGUGGAGUCUUAACCACUGAACCACCAGGGAAGUACCUGUAGCUUAUUUUCAAGUUGUCUUUUUAAGAAAGAAAACUCUUAAUUGUAAUACAGAAAAUGUAUCAUUCUUUUCUUUUAGAGUCAACAUUUUUGUAUCUUGUUUAAGAAAUCUUUCCCUUCCCCAAAGUUCAAAAGAUAUUUCUAUUAAAGUUUUCUAUUAAAAUUUUCAGGGGCGUAUUUUUUUUUAAGAAGAUGUUGGGGGUAGGAGUUUAUUAAUUAAUUAAUUUAUUUUGGCUGUGUUGGGUCUUUGUUUCUGUGUGAGGGCUUUCUCUAGUUGUGGCAAGUGGGGGCCAUCUUCACCACGGUGCGCGGGCCUCUCACUGUCGCGGCCUCUCUUGUUGCGGAGCACAGGCUCCAGACGCGCAGGCUCAGUAGUUGUGGCUCACGGGCCUAGUUGCUCCGCGGCACGUGGGAUCCUCCCAGACCAGGGCUCGAACCCGUGUCCCCUGCAUUAGCAGGCUGACUCUCAACCACUGUGCCACCAGGGAAGCCCCAGGGGCGUAUUUUUAACAUUUAACCAUCUGCAGUUGAUUUUUGCAUAUGGUGUAACGUAAGGAUCCAAUUUAAUCUUCUCUUCCAUAUGGACUGCCGUUUUUCCAGGCCUAAUUUUUGAAUUGAUGUGACAUACAAGCCAUAUCACGUACCAUAGCAUCCUACAUACGUGGUUCUGUUUAUGGACUUUCUUUUUAUUGGUCACCUACUUUAUCACUGCAUUGACCAUAAUGAGCCAUGGUAUCUGGUUAAGAAAGGCUCCCCUCUCUUUUUUUGUUUGUUUUUUUGUGUUUCAUCCAGGAGUGUUCUGGCUGUUUUCACCCUCUUACUCUUUUAUGCCAAGUUUGGAGCCAUUUCAUCAAGUUACAGGAAAAUCUCUGUUGGGUACCAGUCUGUGCUCUUUACACGUGCAGCUCAUUGAACCCUCACCACUACCUGAUGAAGAUUAACUUCCUAGAAGUGGAAUUACAGCAAAAGAGAGUAUAAACACAUCUGACUACUGGAGCGAUAAGAAAGAUGUUUCCAAAAAAAAGCGACCAUUUCUUUGUUAGUGGCAAUGUAUAAAGACAUUUGUUUUAUAAAAAGUA